CGCGGUGCAUUGUGGUCUGGCGGCUUCCGUGCGAAGUGGCUGGGACUGCUGCCGCCGCCGCCGCCGCUGCUACUGGCGCGGGAGGGGGAGCUGUCAGGGAGUCCUGCCUCCCGGAGAAGCGAGGCGGCUGCGUGAGUCUUCCGCCUCGGGGCUGCCAUGUCUUUCAACAAGAUCCCGCCGCGGUGGCUGAGCUGCCCGAGGCGCGGGCAGCCCGUGGCAGGGAAGUUUUUGCCCCUGAAGACAAUGUUGGGACCAAAAUAUGAUGAUCAAGUUGCUGAAGAGUAUCGUUUCCACCCCAGUAUGUUAUCAAACUACUUGAAAAGUCUUAAGGUUAAGAUGGGUCUGCUGAUAGACUUGACAAACACCACUAGAUUCUAUGACAGGAGUGAUAUAGAGAAGGAUGGGAUCACAUAUAUAAAACUUCAGUGUAAAGGGCAUGGUGAAUGCCCCACAGCCGAUAACACAGAAACAUUCAUUCGUAUAUGUGAACAUUUUAGUAAUAAGAACCCAACAGAACUUAUAGGUGUUCAUUGUACACAUGGUUUCAAUCGUACUGGUUUUCUUAUCUGUGCCUUUCUGGUUGAGAAGUUGGACUGGAGCAUUGAAGCAGCUGUGGCUAUUUUUGCCCAAGCCAGACCACCUGGUAUUUAUAAAGGUGAUUAUUUGAAAGAACUCUUCCGUCGAUAUGGCGAUGGAGUGGAGGCGCCGACCCCUCCCCCUUUGCCAGAGUGGUGCUUUGAUGAAGAUGAAGAAGAGGAUGAGGAUGAUAACUGCAAACCAAGAACCCCUGAAUCAGAAGCUGGGUCAUCAACUUCAUUUCCAGGCAAAAGAAGAAAAGAACACUUAAAGCUGGGUGCUGUGUUCUUGGAAGGAAUAUCAGUUAAGCAUGUAACCCAAGUAACAACUCAACCAAAGUUAGGAGAGAUACAACGGAAAUGCCAGCAGUUUUGUGGCUGGAAAGGAACUGGAUUCCCCGGGGCACAACCUGUUUCUAUGGAUGAGCAAAAUAUUAAACUCUUAGAGCAAAAGCCAUACAAAGUAAGCUGGAAAGCAGAUGGAACACGGUAUAUGAUGUUGAUUGAUGGCAAGAAUGAAGUGUAUAUGAUUGACAGAGAUAACUCGGUGUUUCAGGUAUCAAAUCUGGAGUUUCCAUUUCGUAAAGAUCCACGUGUACACUUAGAAAAUACUCUGAUGGAUGGGGAAAUGAUUAUUGACAAGGUAAACGGCCAGGUUGUUCCUCGGUACUUGAUAUAUGACAUAAUUAAAUUCAGUGCACAACCAGUUGGAGAGUGUGAUUUUAACAUUCGUCUGGCAUGUAUUGAAAAAGAGAUUAUAUUCCCACGACAUGAAAAAAUGAAGACUGGACAAAUCGACAAAGCACAAGAACCUUUUAGUGUUCGUAACAAACCGUUUUUUGACAUCCACGUUUCAAAAAAGCUUCUUGAGGGAAAUUUUGCUAGAGAAGUCAGUCAUGAAGUGGACGGACUAAUUUUUCAGCCUGUAGGAAAAUACAAGCCGGGACGAUGUGAUGACAUUUUGAAAUGGAAGCCACCCAGUCUGAAUUCGGUGGAUUUUCGUCUAAAAAUAACAAGAGUUGGUGGAGAAGGGCUUCUUCCGCAGAAUGUUGGACUGCUUUAUGUUGGAAGUUUAGACACUCCUUUUGCACAAAUUAAGGUAACAAAAGACUUGAAACAAUAUGACAAUAAGAUUAUAGAAUGCAAGUUUGAAAACAAUAGCUGGGUCUUCAUGAGACAACGGAUAGACAAAAGCUUUCCAAAUGCCUACAACACUGCAAUGGCUGUGUGUAAUAGCAUACGACAUCCAGUGACAAAGGAAAUCCUUUUUGACUUCAUUGAAAAAUGUACAGCAGCAGCUCCAGGACAGACCCGCAAGCAUCACCUGGAUCCUGACACUGAACUCAUGCCACCGCCACCUCCUAAAAGACCACGGCCGUGAUUUAAAGACUGAGAGAAUACCGUGUUGUUUACAGUUCUACAAAAUGAUGUGUGUGGGACAUUUGCAAAAAGUUAUUGUAAACACCCUGUAAAUACUUAUGUGCAUUUUUUUUGGAAUGCCACAUCAUGGACUCAGAUUUGUUUUGUACUUGACAAGUUGAAUAUUGCUUUGUGGAAACUGAGAACAGAUUUAAUCCAAAGGGUUAGAUGAAAAAAAAAAGUGUAGAAUCAAUGGAAAGCCACCUUGUUUGAUAGGUACCUUUCAAAUCUAACGUUUUAUACUAGUAAACUGGAACUGUGAAGCCAUGACAAAGCGGCCCUUUUCUUUUUCCAAGUGGUGUUGCAAAGAGUGUGAUGUUGCCUCUAACCAGUUAAGAUUUGUUGCUUUGUUUUAUUUAGCAUAGUUCUCUUAUGUUUCUUAGGCUCAUGUUUAAAGACAAACGGCAGCAAAUGUUCAUGCAGUGUACUCUUUAAAAUAAAAGUUUAUCAGGUUUUAUUAAUUUUUUUUAGAAAAAAACCCCCAUUUUUAUAUUAAAGAAGUAACACAAGUUGUGUAAAUCCUUUUGGAUAGGUAUUGGGUUUUGUUUUUUGUUUAGUCUGAAGAACCACAUUCAUCUGUUAACGCUCUUUUUAAUAUCACAUUUUAGGUUUAUGCUUUGGUAGGCACAAUCAAUCCUCCAUAUGAAAAAGCAAAGCUUAAUUUCUGUACAGCAGCUGUAAAUGGAUUAUGUCAAAAGAUGUUCAUCAUGUUGAUGUGUACGCUAACCAUGUUAAUGACACUGCAAUAAUUCUGUGGCGAAAAUGUUGGGGGAAAUUCCAGGAGAUACUUGAGGAGAUGAAUAGAAGUGAAGUGUGGUUUCCCUUCCAGGGCAAUGGCCUCUUAGAAACUUUAAUAGAAAAAGGUAAAGUUUUGUUGCUGAAAGUAGCAUUAGGAACCCCUACACCUCCUAUUUUUAAAGCAAGAGCCAUGUUAGGUACCAAACAAGAGCAGUCUUCUUCCCUAGUCUAGUGGCCUUCAGUGGUUUUGGCUUCAGCCCUCCCCCCGCCAGCCCUCAGCUAGUCUCACAUAUAUGGGGGGCACUAUGUUGGCAAAUGCUGGUUAUGAGUAUUCUCAUCCAGUGAUUGUAGUUUAAAAAUAUGAAUUAAACAGUUUUCCUGGUUUUUGCUAAUGUAUAGCAAAUUUAUUAGUUAUUCCAUCACUACAGAGAAGCCACAUUAUUUAGACCUGGAGCAAUUAUUACAUGUUUAAGAUCUAGGAACAAAUGUAAUAGCAUUUCACAAGCUGACUGUAAAAUAAGCCAUUUAGUAUUUUGAUUGUUUAUACUUAUUGAUAUGUAUAAGUCACUUAGGCAUUCAGCUAGCUACUGAUCUGCGAAAACUUUAUUUGUUAUGUAAUGAUAACCAAAUGGUGUUUAUAUUAGGAAAUAUUUAAAAGUUUUAAUAUUUCCCCCCCUGUUUUUAUACAUGAAAAUGCAUUUUAUGCUUUGUUCAGUAGCCAUUUUGGAACCUGUCUAUUAAAAUGUUACAUUUAUCUUUCUGGGCACUGAACAGAUAAAAUAAGUUUAUUCUUCUUGAGAA